AUGGUGCAGUACGAGCUGUGCAAGUUCUUUAUGGCCGUUGAUACGGUGGAAUAUCGCCGUGGACCGCAGCUGUUGCGUCAUUUCAUGGAACUUGUUCGCAAUCAAAAUUCGUAUUAUGCGAACAGUUUGAAAGCGAAUGAUGAUUUUCGUCAAGAUAUGGCGAAGCUGGAAGAACGAAUGAUGGCACGUAAUGCAAAUCGAUGCCAGCAGAGGAAUGCACUUUGGGAUUUGAGGGAUAUGGCGAAGCUGGAAGAACGAAUGAUGGCACGUAAUGCAAAUCGAUGCCAGCAGAGGAAUGCACUUUGGGAUUUGAGGGGUCAGCUUGAGACAAACGAUGACUUCUCAUCUGGUACAGUUUCAAAGUAA